AUGGAGCUCCAAUCAGCCAGAGAGAAGACCCAGCCAGAGAAGAUCCAGCCAGAGAAGACCCAGCCAGAGAAGACCCAGUCAGAGAAGACCAAGCCAGAGAAGACCCAGCCAGAGAGAAGACCCAGCCAGAGAGAAGAUCCAGCCAGAGAAGACCCAGCAAGAGAAGACCCAGUCAGAGAAGACCAAGCCAGAGAAGACCCAGCCAGAGAAGACCCAGCCAGAGAAGACCCAGCCAGAAGGGACCCAGCCAGAGAAGACCCAGUCAGAGAAGACCCAGCCAGAGAAGACCCAGUGAGAGAAGACCCAGUCAGAGAAGACCCAGUGAGAGAAGACCCAGUCAGAGAAGACCCAGCCAGAGAAGACCCAGUCAGAGAAGACCCAGCCAGAGAAGACCCAGUGAGAGAAGACCCAGCCAGAGAAGACCCAGUCAGAGAGAAGACCCAGCCAGAGAAGACCCAGCCAGAGAAGACCCAGCCAGAGAAGACCCAGCCAGAGAAGACCCAGCCAGAGAAGACCCAGCCAGAGAAGACCCAGCCAGAGAAGACCCAGUCAGAGAAGACCCAGUCCAACCCGGUCAGGAGGGAAUCAGACAGACACUCACAGGUCAACCUCACUGCUGCGCUCCGGACAAACUCCUGGAUGCGCCAGGACCUAAAGACGCACUGUUUGGUGAAGUCGUCUGGUCGUCACCACGGAGCUGUUGAACCUGCAGGAAACAGGAAAGACAUCUUCAUCACUUUCAAACUGUCGGAUUUCUCACUUAGACACAACCUGAACACAUCAUCACUCUCAGGUGACCCUAACCCAAAGAAAAACAGGAAGGUGUUGCUCCUGAGUACGCUGCACACCAAGGCCGACGUCAGCGACUGCGCGGACGGGAAACCGGUCAUCGUCCUGGACUACAACCGCAGCAAAGGUGGCGUGGACAACCUAGACAAGGUCAUAGGUACACACAGCUGCAGGACGAUGACCGCGCGCUGGCCCAUGGUCGUCUUUCACAACAUUAUCGACGUCUCCUCCUACAACACCUUAGUGAUAUGGAGAGAGAUCAACCCAGACUGGAUGCUGGGCAAGCUGAACAAGCGGAGGGUGUUCGUAGAGCAGCUGGGAAAGGCUCUCGUUUCUCCGUUCAUCGAAAGAAGGGAGCCCCCCUGCACGGAAGCGUCCGCCGCGAGAGAAAGAUUCUGCUGUUGGAUCUGUGUGGAUCUACUGGAGGAUCCGGUGACUACUGUCUGUGGACACAGCUACUGUAAGAGCUGUAUUAACACCCACUGGGACAAAGAGGAGGAGAGAGGAAGCUACAGCUGUCCUCAGUGUAGACAGACCUUCACACCGAGGCCUGUCCUGGAGAAAAGCACCAUGUUAGCUGAUUCACUGGAGGAGCUGAAGAAGACUGGACUCCAAGCUGCUCCUGCUGAUCACUGCUCUGCUGGACCUGAAGAUGUGGCCUGUGAUGUCUGCACUGGGAGAAAAUUGAAAGCUCUCAAGUCCUGUUUGAAUUGUUUUGCCUUUUAUUGUGAGAAACACCUCCAGCCUCAUCUUCAGUCAGCUGCAUUAAAGAAGCACAAGCUGGUGGAGCCCUCGGAAAAGCUCCAGGAGAACAUCUGCUCUCGUCACGACGAGGUGAUGAAGAUGUUCUGCCGCACUGAUCAGCAGUGUAUCUGUUAUCUCUGCUCUGUGGAGGAACAUAAAGACCACGACACAGUGUCAGCUGCAGCAGAAAGGACUGAGAGGCAGAGAGAGCUCGGGCUGAGGAGACAAACAAUCCAGCAGAGAGUCCAGGACACAGAGAAAGACCUGAAGCUGCUUCAACAGGAGGAGGAGAACAUCAAUGGCUCUGCUGAUAAAGCAGUGGAGGACAGUGAGGAGAUCUUCACUGAGAUGAUCCGUCUGCUGGAGGAAAGAAGCUCUGAUGUGGAGCAGCAGAUCAGAUCCCAGCAGGAAACUGAAGUGAGUCGAGUCAGAGAGCUUCAGGAGAGACUGGAGCAGGAGAUCACUGAGCUGAAGAGGAAAGACCAUGAACUGAAGCAGCUCUCAGACACAGAGGAUCACAACCAGCUUCUACAUAACUACCCCUCACUGUCACCACUCAGUGAAUCUACACACUCAUCCAGCUUUAGGAUCCUUCCUCUGAGGAACUUUGAGGACGUGAUAGAGAUUUUACAGAUUGUAUCUCAAGUGGAUGUUUCACUGCCACAGCCAGAGCCAGAGACCAGAGCUGACUUCUUAAAAUAUUCACAGGAAAUCACACUGGAUCCAAACACAGCACACAGAUAUCUGUUAUUGUCUGAGGGAAACAGAAAAGUAACUUAUAUGAGAGAAGAUCAGUCUUAUUCUGAUCACCCAGACAGAUUCAUGUAUUGGUGUCAGGUCCUGAGUAGAGAGAGUCUGACUGGGCGUUGUUACUGGGAGGUGGAGAUGGAGGUGGGGGUGGGAGAAUUUGAAGUAGCAGUCGCAUACAAAAAUAUCAGAGAACAACCAUACCGAUGGCAACAUUUAUUUGGAAAAACUGAUAAAUCUUGGUCAUUAUCUUGUGAUGGAAACAGUUAUUACUUUCAUUACGAAAACGACGACAUUGGAGUGUCAGGUCCGGUGUCCUCCAGAUUUGGAGUGUACCUGGAUCACAGUGCAGGUGUUCUAUCCUUCUACAGCGUCUCUGACACCAUGACUCUCCUCCACAGAGUCAAGACCACAUUCACUCAGCCUCUCUAUGCUGGAGUUAGGCUUUGUUCUGGAGCCACAGCUGAGUUCUGUAAUGAUAUGCAUAGCACACAUAGUGCUCUGAAGCACUGUGCGGAUCAGCUGUCUCCGGUGUUCACAGACAUUUUUAACACCUCACUGGAGACCUGCCACGUACCAGCCUGCUUCAAGACCUCCACCAUUAUCCCUGUCCCCAAAAAAACUAAGAUCACUGGACUAAAUAAUUACAGGCCUGUCGCCCUGACCUCUGUGGUGAUGAAGGCAUUCGAGCGCCUCGUGCUGUUCUACCUCAAAGCCAUCACUGACCCUCUCCUGGACCCCCUGCAGUUUGCCUACAGAGCCAACAGGUCUGUAGACGAUGCAGUCAACAUAGCCCUCCACUUCAUCCUCCAGCACCUGGACUCCUCAGGAACCUACUCCAGGAUCCUGUUUGUGGACUUCAGCUCUGCCUUCAACACAAUCAUCCCGGACCUGCUACAGGACAAGCUCUCCCUGCUGAGUGUGCCUGACUCCACCUGCAGGUGGAUCACAGACUUCCUGUCUGACAGGAGGCAACACGUGAGGCUGGGGAAGCACGUCUCAGACUCCAGGACUAUAAGCACCGGUUCCCCUCAAGGCUGUGUUCUUUCCCCUCUACUAUUCUCCCUGUACACCAACAGCUGCACCUCCAGUCACAAGUCCGUCAAACUCCUCAAGUUCGCGGACGACACCACCCUCAUUGGACUCAUCUCUGGUGGGGAUGAGUCAGCCUACAGUGGAGAUGGUUGUAGACUUCAGAAAGAACCCAGCCCCACCCACCCCAUCAUCCUGAGAGACGCCCCAGUCGUCACUGCUGAGUCCUUCCGCUUCCUGGGCACCAUCAUCUCCCCGGACCUCAAAUGGGAGCUUAACAUCAGCUCCCUCACCAAAAGAGGACAACAGAGGAUGUACUUCCUGCGACAGCUGAAGAAGUUCAACCUGUUAAAGACAAUGAUGGUGCACUUCUACACCUGCAUCAUCGAGUCCAUCCUCACCUCCUCCAUCUCCAUCUGGUUCGCUGCUGCCACCGCAAACGACAAAGGCAGGCUGCAGCGGAUCAUCCGCUCUGCUGAGAAGAUGGAGCAGCAAGAAAAUCACCUGGACAGAGGAAGAUUCUGCUGUUGGAUCUGUGUGGAUCUACUGAAGGAUCCGGUGACUACUGUCUGUGGACACAGCUACUGUAAGAGCUGUAUUAACACCCACUGGGACAAAGAGGAGGAGAGAGGAAGCUACAGCUGUCCUCAGUGUAGACAGACCUUCACACCGAGGCCUGUCCUGGAGACAAGCACCAUGUUAGCUGAUUCACUGGAGGAGCUGAAGAAGACUGGACUCCAAGCUGCUCCUGCUGAUCACUGCUAUGCUGGACCUGAAGAUGUGGCCUGUGAUUUCUGCACUGGGAGAAAACUGAAAGCUCUCAAGUCCUGUUUGGUUUGUUUGGCCUCUUAUUGUGAAAAACACCUCCAGCCUCAUCUUCAGUCAGCUGCAUUAAAGAAGCACAAGCUGGUGGAGCCCUCGGAGAAGCUCCAGGAGAACAUCUGCUCUCAUCAUGACGAGGUGAUGAAGAUGUUCUGCCGCACUGAUCAGCAGUGUAUCUGUUAUCUCUGCUCAGUGGAGGAACAUAAAGACCACGACACAGUGUCAGCUGCAGCAGAAAGGACUGAGAGGCAGAGAGAGCUCGGGCUGAGGAGACAAACCAUCCAGCAGAGAGUCCAGGACACAGAGAAAGACCUGAAGCUGCUUCAACAGGAGGAGGAGGACAUCAAUGGCUCUGCUGAUAAAGCAGUGGAGGACAGUGAGGAGAUCUUCACUGAGAUGAUCCGUCUGCUGGAGGAAAGAAGCUCUGAUGUGGAGCAGCAGAUCAGAUCCCAGCAGGAAACUGAAGUGAGUCGAGUCAGAGAGCUUCAGGAGAGACUGGAGCAGGAGAUCACUGAGCUGAAGAGGAAAGACCAUGAACUGAAGCAGCUCUCAGACACAGAGGAUCACAACCAGCUUCUACAUAACUACCCCUCACUGUCACCACUCAGUGAAUCUACACACUCAUCCAGCUUCAGGAUCCUUCCUCUGAGGAACUUUGAGGACGUGAUAGAGAUUUUACAGAUUGUAUCUCAAGUGGAUGUUUCACUGCCACAGCCAGAGCCAGAGACCAGAGCUGACUUCUUAAAAUAUUCACAGGAAAUCACACUGGAUCCAAACACAGCACACAGAUAUCUGUUAUUGUCUGAGGGAAACAGAAAAGUAACUUAUAUGAGAGAAGAUCAGUCUUAUUCUGAUCACCCAGACAGAUUCAUGUAUUGGUGUCAGGUCCUGAGUAGAGAGAGUCUGACUGGGCGUUGUUACUGGGAGGUGGAGAUGGAGGUGGGGGUGGGAGAAUUUGAAGUAGCAGUCGCAUACAAAAAUAUCAGAGAACAACCAUACCGAUGGCAACAUUUAUUUGGAAAAACUGAUAAAUCUUGGUGAUUAUCUUGUGAUGGAAACAGUUAUUACUUUCAUUACGAAAACGACGACAUUGGAGUGUCAGGUCCGGUGUCCUCCAGAUUUGGAGUGUACCUGGAUCACAGUGCAGGUGUUCUAUCCUUCUACAGCGUCUCUGACACCAUGACUCUCCUCCACAGAGUCAAGAUCACAUUCACUCAGCCUCUCUAUGCUGGAGUUAGGCUUUGUUCUGGAGCCACAGCUGAGUUCUGUAAACUCAAAUAGACUCGAGUCAUUAAAAGCAGUGAUUUAGAU